AUGAAUUUGAAAUUGGUUUUGAUUGCUUGCUUGCUCUUUGCCGCUACGGUUUAUACCGAAGAACACGAUGAAAUUCCGGAGGAAAUUGAAAAAGAAUUAGCGGAUAUUCAAAAUGCCAUUGAAGAUCGUAAUAAUGAAGAAAACGAAAUCAUCGAAAAAGAUGCAGAACUUGCAGAUAUCGAUGAAGAUGACUUAAAAAAAGAAGCAGUUAAAUCUGCGAAGAUUAGAAAGUCAACUGAAUUUAAUUUCUUUAUUCAUUAUAUUUUAUUGAUCAGUGGUGGAGAAGACGCCGUCGUCGACGCCGUAGACGCCGCAGACGAAUUUUCCUUACCCGACGUUCAUGGUGGAACCAACGAGUACCUGUAGGCAAAUAAAAGGAAGAAAUGGAAUAUAGCUGUCUUCAACUAGUAGCAGUAAAAACUUUUCCAUAGCAAUUUUUAGCUGAUUAUGUCAAAUGGAACACCAUUGUGAUCUUAAACUGCUAAAACGUUUACUAUAGACUACUAACUACGUCGGUAGUAACAUUACUGAAAUGUAGGUUGAAUAUCAAUUUAUAUUUUGCAAUAGAUUUAGUCAAUAAAGUCUCAUUUUGGCAAC